UCCAUCCUAAGGCUGCCAGAAACAGAGCUGGGAGAGUGCCCCUUGGGAGGCUGUAGCAUCUCAUACCUAAAACAAUUAAUCACCGGGAAACUGCAAGAAUCUGUUCCUGACCCAGAGCUCAUUGACCUGAUCUACUGUGGCCGUAAGCUCCGAGACGACCAAACACUGGAAUUCUAUGGCAUCCAGUCCGGCUCCACAGUCCAUGUCCUUCGAAAGUCCUGGCCUGAACCAGAACAGAAACCAGAACCAGUAGAUAAAGUUGCUGCUGUCCGAGAGUUUCGUGUUCUACACACUGCUUUGCAUAGCAGCCCAGUCUUCAGAGAUUCGGUCUUCAAGAUGCUGGGGAAUAAAGAAUCCUUGGAUCAGAUAGUAGUUGCUACACCGGGCCUUAGCAAUGACCCAAUUGCUUUGGGAGUCUUGCAGGAUAAGGACCUCUUCUCUGUCUUUGCUGAUCCGACCAUGUUGGACACGUUAAUCCCAACCCAUCCUGCUUUGGUGAAUGCCAUUGUCCUAGUUCUCCACUCUGUGGCUGGUAGCACACCCUUGCCCACUGGAGAGACCUCCUCACGUAGCAUGCCUUCUAGCUCCUACCGGGACAUGCCAGGUGGUUUCCUGUUUGAAGGUCUUUCUGAUGAUGAAGAUGAUUUCCAUCAGAGUACAAGGACUACCCCAUCCAGCAGUACCUCUGGGUCCCGCCCAGCAUCCCUUGGCUAUACGGGAGCAGCGGGGCCACGCCCCAUCACACAGAGUGAAUUGGCGACAGCCCUGGCCCUUGCCAGCACCCCCGAAAGUAGCUCCCACACUCCAACCCCUGGGACGCAGGGACAUUCUUCAGGCACGUCUCCAAUGUCCUCCAGUGUCCAGUCAGGAACGCCCAUCACCAAUGACCUCUUCAGCCAGGCUUUACAGCAUGCCCUUCAGGCAUCUGGGCAGCCAAAUCUACAGAGCCAGUGGCAGCCCCAGCUGCAGCAGCUACGAGACAUG